AUGAGGGUCCUGGUACUUGUUUCGUUGUUUGCUGCGGCGUCUGCCGACUCCCUCAAGACCUAUGGUCUCCCUUCACAUUCUGGAAUAGGUCACUCCUUAGGGGCUUCACGAGUCUCCAGUGGUGCUGGCUUCUCUGGUGGCUUAGUCUCUGGUGGUGUUGGUUUAUCUGGCGGAUUAGCCUCUGGUGGUGUUGGCUUAUCUGGGGGCUCUGGGUUCACUGGCGGCUCUGGGUUCUCUGGUGGUGCAGGAUUUACUGGUGGUGCAGGAUUCGCUGGUGGUGCAGGAUUCGCUGGUGGUGCAGGAUUCUCUAGAGGUGCAGGAUUCACUGGUGGGGUAGGCCUCUCUGGCGGUGCUGGGUUCAUUGGAGGUGCCUGUGGAAAUGGACAGGUCCGUCAUGUGGAUGGAGGCUGCGUGACUCCUCACGUCACCAGAAACUUGUACGUGUACAGUGCUCCACCACUGGCUCCAAUCGUAGGACCACCACCAAUUGUUCCUCUACCCAAGAUAGAACAAAACGUUUUAUUCAUCCGUUCACCCGAUGUUGACAUAGCUCAAGACCCCAUUAUUGUUCCACCCCCACAAACGAAAAAUGUUGUGUACGUCCUCAACAAGCGACCUGAACUGGACCAGAAGGUCAUCCACCUCCCAGCACUUGAGCAACAAACUCCUGAAGUGUUCUUCGUCAACUAUGCCGAAGGUGAUAACCCGACUUUGCCCACAGGAGAGGACCUCCAGUCUGCUCUCAGCUCCGCCGCUCAUGGUGGUGGUGGAGUUAUUGGUACCGCUGGUGGCAUUGGCGGUGGCUUUGGAGGCGGUAUUGGAGGCGGCGUUGGAGUCGGCGUUGGGAGUGGAAUUGGUGGCGGCGUUGGAGUUGGCAUUGGAAGCGGCAUCGGAGGUGGUGUUGGGGGUGGUGUCGGAGUCGGCGUUGGAGGAGUUGGAGGCGGCAUUGGAGGUGGCAUUGGAGUCGGCGUUGGAGGAGUUGGAAGAGGCGUUGGAGGCGGCGUUGGAGUUGGUAUUGGAGGCGGCAGCGUCGGUGGGUUUGGAAGUGGUAUUGGUGUAGGAUCUGGCAUAGGCAUUGGAGGAGGAUCUGUGAAGCACAGUGGCUUCAGUGUUACCACCCCGUCUAGUCUAUAUGGCGCGCCAUAAACGACACAAGAACACCUUUUUCUUCAGCAGAGGCUUCCACAUUGCUGGACGGAAUAACUUAUCAAUUUCAUAUGAUUUCCAGCUUUGCAAAUUCUCUUGCUCUUCAUAACCUAUAUUUAUUAUAUCCAAAUAAUGGAUUUAUAUAUUUCAUGACAAAUUCAGGUAUCUGCCAUUGUAAACCAAGGCUAUAUCAAUUAUAUUCUUAAUUUAU